GUCAGACCAAAGUGCAGAACCCCAAACAUGUCUUCGACCAUAACAAUCCCUCGGCGCCUGCCGCUGCUUGUUGUUGCCGAUAGUGUACUGUUGCCAGGGUCUUCUAUGAGAAUUCCUGUGCAUUCCUUACGCAAUCUGAACAUAGUGAAGAGCCGUCUGCUAUCCAGAAACACACUGAGCAGUACCAUCAUAGGAGUGAUGCCCAGAGAACCUGGAGAGAGUAAAGAUGACUUGGCCACCAUACACCCUGUGGGCACUGCGGCAGUAGUGGUCCAAGUCACAGGAACCAACUGGCCCAAGCCUUCCUAUACCCUGCUGGUCACUGGAUUGUGCAGGUUUCGACUGGAAGAGUUGCUGCAGGAGACCCCCUACCCCAUAGGCAAAGUGACACAACUUGACAAAUUACCAGGAGAGCAGGGAGAUGAAGAUGUAAUGAAGAACAGUGAGCUGCAAGUGCUGGCCCAGGACUUCAGGGACCAAGCGGCCAAACUAGUGACCAUGCUGGACAUCUCCAUACCCAUUGUGGCCAAACUUAGAAGAAUGUUGGACAACCUUCCCAGCCAUCACCUGCCUGAUAUAUGUGCUUCCAUUGUGAAGGCAUCCUACUCAGAGAAAGUCCAAGUACUGGAUGCUGUGGACUUGACAGAGAGGUUUAAAAAGACUUUACCUCUACUGAUGAGGCAGAUAGAGGGUUUGCAGCUCCUUCAAAAGGCCAAGAAAAACAACAUGGAGCUUGUCACCCGAAAGUCUCCACUGAAAUCUUCGGCACUCAAGAAAGCUUUUAAGCUUGGAGAUGGGGACGAUGAUGAUGACAAUGAGGCUGACGAUUUGGAAGAUUUACAGCAAAAAAUUAGGGCUGCUAACAUGCCUGACCAGCCACUGAAGGCAGCGAUGAAAGAAUUGAAGAGGUUGAAGAAGAUGCCACAACAAAUGCCUGAACAUGCCAUGAUCAGGAACUAUUUAGAGCUGAUGGUAGAAUUGCCAUGGUCUAAAUCCAGUGUAGACUCCUUGGAUAUUAUACAAGCAAGGAAAGAUUUAGAUGAGGAUCACUAUGGGCUAGAGAAACUGAAGAAGAGGAUACUAGAAUACCUGGCUGUUCGGCAGUUAAAAAACACCUUAAAGGGCCCCAUCUUGUGCUUUGUUGGCCCCCCGGGGGUGGGGAAGACCAGUGUGGGAAGAUCUGUGGCUAGAACACUGGGGAGAGAGUUCCACAGGAUCGCCCUAGGUGGCGUGUGUGACCAGUCUGAUAUUCGGGGUCACAGGAGGACCUACAUAGGCUCUAUGCCAGGCAGGGUGGUACAGGGACUCAAACUGGUGGGAACAAAUAACCCAGUCUUCUUGCUGGAUGAAAUUGAUAAACUGGGUAAAAGUCUCCAUGGGGACCCUGCUGCAGCUUUGCUUGAAGUACUGGACCCAGAACAGAAUAAUACUUUCACAGACCACUAUCUAAAUGUUCCAUUUGACCUGUCUCAGGUGUUGUUUAUAGCAACGGCCAAUGACACGGCCACAAUACCUCCAGCCCUGAUGGAUAGAAUGGAGAUGAUUUAUAUCCCAGGUUACACUCAGGAAGAGAAACUACAGAUAGCCACUGGUCAUCUCAUAAAGAAACAGUUAUCUGAGCACGGCUUGACCGAGGAACAACUGCAGAUUCCAGAGGACACAAUUCUGGCCAUAAUUUCCAGGUACACGCGUGAGGCAGGUGUGAGGUCGCUGGAAAGGAAGCUCGCUGCCGUGUGCAGGGCCAUAGCGGUCAGGGUGGCAGAGCACAGCAGUGCCAAGAAAGAACUCAAAUCUGUUGCCAUACACCCCGAAGCUGAAGGGAAAGUAUUAGACCACAGCACUGUGCCAGGGCAGAGAUCCAGUGUGCACCCUGAAUCCCGAGGCCAGGUGGUUGAUGUUGAUGUCCCAGAGACACAUAAUGUUGGAUAUCUGACCCACCCUCUGGAGAUGCCAAUUUUCAUUGAUAAAGCAUUACUGGAGGAGAUAUUAGGGGCACCUCCCUUUGAGAGCGAGAUGUCCCAGCGGCUGAGUCGCCCAGGGGUGGCAGUGGGGCUGGCGUGGACCCCCAUGGGAGGGGAGAUAAUGUAUGUGGAGGCGACUAGGAUGGAGGGAGAGGGCAAACUGGUGCUGACUGGACAACUGGGGGGAGUCAUGAAGGAGUCCGCUACCCUGGCGUUGAACUGGGUCAGGUCUAAUGCACAUCUGCUUGGCAUUGAACAGGGCGGCAACUUGUUAGAGAAUACAGAUAUCCACAUCCACUUCCCGGCAGGUGCCGUGGGGAAAGAUGGUCCCUCUGCAGGUGUCACCAUCUCUUCUGUCCUAGUGUCCUUGUUCUGCGGCCGCUGUGUCAGGUCGGAUACCGCCAUGACAGGGGAGGUGACGCUCCGGGGUUUAGUGCUUCCAGUGGGAGGUAUAAAAGAGAAAGUUUUGGCAGCCCACAGAGCGGGAAUAACAAGAGUUUUGUUGCCAGAGAGGAACAUGAAAGACUUGCAUGAAAUUCCUGCCAACGUCAGGAGCAAGUUGUCUAUAAUUUGGGUGAGCAAGAUGGAACAGGUUCUGAACGCUGCAUUUGAGGAACCUUUUCCUGGUCUCAGCUCGGAUGACAUUGUCCCUAGUAAACUUUGACCUCGGACACUAGUGGUGUGAAGGGUUUUAUUGACGUUAUAGUUUCUGACAUCAGCAAAAUGAACAUAUUAUUAUUAUAAACAAUCUAUUUUACAAGGUCAUGUGAUUAUAUGGUGGAUAGCAAGAUCAGCUAUGAACAGAAUAUAAAUUGAUGUAAAAAUGUGAAUUAUGAUAUAAAAUGUGUUGGUUAUACGACAAAGUGAAAAGUAUAUUUCAUGUGGCUUAUGUUAUGUUUUGUUUUGCUUGAUUUUAUUUGGUAUAAAGCUCACAAAAAGUUAUUUACAAAUUUGUAAUAUGUUGGUUUGGCCUGAAGUAAAGAAUGAUUGUGAAUACCAGUAACACUUGGGUUCCUACAGGUUAAUAAUAUUUAUUUAAAUCAUAAGAUUUUGGUGGAAGAUCAUAGCUUAAGGACAUAAUAUUGUUUGCUUAAUUAACAUAAAGAAUUCCUGAAACGAUUAUUCAAUUUUUAAAAGUUUUAUUUAAUGCAUUUUGUUUAUGGUUAAUUUAAACAAUUAAAUGGAACUGGAUUGGCUUUUAAUAUGAAAAAGGUGAAUGAAGUGGUGCUUAUUGCUUUAUUAUAUAUUCUGUACAUGGUCAAUAAUAAAAUUGAUUAC